UACGGAUUUUUUAAUCAAAUUAUUGUUGACUUUACGUAAAACCCUAAUGAAAUAAUGUAUUAAUUUCAAAACAACGUGGAUAUAUCGCCUGCUUGCUUAGUACACUCGAACAUAGGCCUAUUUAUAUUUACGUGAAAAUGAAACUGAAAGAAUAUAUAGGGCGUUUCAUUUAUGAAUAUGGCUUCGAACUAUCAAGAGGGUUCGGAUGAAGGCAGCAAUCAAUCUAGUGAAAGCUGCUCAGAGUUCAGUGACAGUGACACAGACUCUGAGGCAGCCACCGAUUCUGCAUCUGACAAUGAAGCAGCUGCACAAACAUCUGACCAGCGUAAAGUCUGUAUGCAUUACAAUCGUGGUAACUGCCGUUUUGGGGACAAGUGUAGAAAUGAGCACAUAUGCAGUUACUUCCUGAAGGGUUCAUGCAAGUAUGGUGCUGGGUGUCGUCUCAACCACAACCUUCAGAGUUCAUCAGCUGGACAACGUAGACAAGCUAGCAGAGACUCAUCUGCAGACACUGACGAGGAAUGUGACGGGCCCUACAGAUGGCAGCUGAAUUUUGGAAAGGGCUGGGAAAAUAUUUCCAACGAUCACAUUCUAGAAGCCCAGUAUUCACUCCCUAACACCAAAGGAAUCAAGAUCUAUAACACCCGCGCUGGGUAUGUGCAAAAAAAUAUGAUGAUUUCGAUUGAUUUCACUAAAAUGAGAGUUCUUCAGAAAAAGAAUAUUAAAGUGCGACGUAUGAACUCAAAGGAUACAGAGUGGUUGUGGUAUUACAGAGGUGACCACUGCUGGUACCAGUAUGGAGGGAAGGGCAAAAAAAGUCCAAUUGAGAGCUCAAAACUGGAGACGGGGUAUCAAAGCAACCGACGUGGUUCAGUAAAGUUCACCAUUGACUCUGCCCAGUAUGAGAUUAGCUUUAAAGGAAUGUGUCAGACAAAUUUAUCUACAGGCCAUAAGAGGCGGGUUAGACGGCGCCCUAAAUAUGAACAAUCAAAAAGUGGAGGAUUACAAGGAAUAGCCUCCCAUAUGAAAAACGUACUGACUCCUCCAACAAACAGAACGCCAGUGUGGCAGUUUAAAGGGAGUAAACAGUGGUAUACCUUCAACAACACGGGUGGUUGUUCAGUCUCAAGUGCUGACAUUGAGAGGUGUUACCAGCAGAGCCAAAAGACCAUGAAUUUCACUGUGAAUAAUGACAGUUACACUCUGGAUUUUGCAAAGAUGAGUCAAGUUAACCAGAGCACUAAAGCUGAACGCAAGAUCAGGCGUGUGGAAAAGUAAGGUGGCUCAAGGUCUUGCAACAGAUAUUGGCCUGAUACGCAAGAUCCAAACAGCAAAUAAGAGUCAAAUCUGGGGUGGAAGUAAAAAGUUAUUUAGUGAUUAUGACUGAUAUGAAUGUGUGUGAUUAUGAGUUAGGAUGUUUUAACAGGAAUUAUUGUUUUGUUUGGUAAACUGCCGGUAGGAAAUAGAAAUUUGAAUUCAGUUAUUUUGAUAAAUUUCAUGUUAAUAUGAAUUAUUUGAAAUGCUGCUUGCCACAUCAACUUAAAAACAGUUAUUUGUCUCAUGCAACCUGGAGCAUAAAUAUUUUGCUUCUGUUUAAUUUGAAGAAUUAUAUUUUGAAAUGUUAUCAUGUUAUUAUUCUUACUACCCAAUGUGCCAUAACAACAGGCAUGCAUAUUUUUUGCCUGUGCAACUGCCUGACAACCAAUGUUUAUAUACUGCUUGUGAAACCUUUUCCAGCUGGACAGUUUCAUUUUUUCAUGUGCACUUAUUUUUUUUAGCAUUAACACUCACAGACGCUCAAAUGAUUAAACAAAGUGGAUUCAGGGAUGCACAAUAAACCUCUGUGAAUACUGAGAUAAUGUUUUUACAUGACAAAAAUGAAUUACAUGAAAUUACUACAUUAAGACAAUCAUUUGAGUGAAGCUGUUUUUACUGGGUUUUUUGAUUACAAACUGAACUGUUUACAUGUAACAAAAUGCUAUGCAAGAGUUUGUGGAAGUAUGUGGAUGGUUUUAUAAGUGCUACUUGAAUAAAAUAAAAUGCAUACAAAAUAAAAAA